AUGCAAAAACCUCACGGUCGCCAGAAUCCUGCAUCUGUGCUGUGGGGUCAUCUUCUCUCGAAGGACAGCAUCACUCCUGCGCUCGCUCGAAAUAGUGCUUCAUCUUACAAUCCCUCAAUUCCUCCCAUCGCACCGGCAGACAAGACAGGAACUUCAUUGCGAAUACUUCUUCAUGACUCGCAAGCCAACUUGGAAAAGUUCUCUGAGCGGGUGACCCAGUUGACCGGGGGAGUAGAAUCGACCAGGAGACAGAUCUCGACCGUCCAUGAAUUGUUUCAACGUGAUCGUGAAAAGCUACUCGAGGAUGUCGUGAACGUAGCUAACAGGUGCCAAAGCGAAGUCCAACGAUCACUGGGAACUCCAGCACAAGCGCAAGAACUUGGACGUGUCGGCGAAGCGGUCGCUGCGUUGGACCGCAGAGUUGAAGCGAUCGACAAAAAGAUGGAUCUUUUACAUAUGGUUUGA